GCACCGCUCAUGACAUUUUUAUUAUUUUAAAAUGAAGACUGCGCAUCAUAUUCAUUCCCAUCAUAAGAAAAAAGAAGAAGGAAGAAGACUGUGUAUCAUCACUUAAAUAGUCUCACUUGGUGCGCCCAAUAGUCCUCCGUGUGACUAACGAAAGAAAGAAAGAAAGAAAGAAUUGCAGUGUGAGAAUGGAAAAAGGGAGAAAAGUAGUAGUCUCAGCUCUGCAGUUUUCUUGCACCGACGAUGUCUCUACUAAUGUCGCCACUGCCGAAAGGCUGGUUAGAGCUGCUCAUGCAAAGGGUGCAAACAUUAUACUUAUACAGGAACUUUUUGAGGGUUACUACUUCUGUCAGGCACAAAGAGAGGAUUACUUUCAGCGAGCUAAGCCUUAUAAGGGUCAUCCAACAAUUCUGAGGAUGCAGAAACUUGCAAAAGAGUUGGGUGUGGUGAUACCAGUUAGCUUCUUUGAAGAGGCUAAUAAUGCCCAUUAUAAUUCAGUAUCCAUAGUUGAUGCUGAUGGAACAGAUCUUGGACUUUAUAGAAAGUCCCAUAUCCCAGAUGGACCAGGCUACCAAGAAAAAUUCUAUUUCAAUCCAGGAGAUACUGGCUUUAAGGUUUUUCAGACUAAGUUUGCAACGAUUGGAAUUGCAAUUUGUUGGGAUCAGUGGUUUCCAGAGGCAGCCCGAGCUAUGGUUCUUCAAGGUGCAGAGAUAUUGUUUUAUCCUACUGCUAUUGGUUCUGAACCUCAGGAUCAGGGUCUUGAUUCUCGUGAUCACUGGAAGCGGGUAAUGCAAGGGCAUGCUGGGGCAAAUUUGGUACCUCUAGUAGCUUCAAAUCGCAUAGGAAAGGAGAUAAUUGAGACAGAGCAUGGAAAAAGUGAGAUUACAUUCUACGGGAACUCUUUUAUAGCAGGACCUACUGGAGAAAUUAUUUCAGCUGCUGAUGAUAAAGAGGAGGCUUUGCUGCUUGCAGAAUUUAAUCUGGAUAAGAUCAAGUCCAAGAGAAAAGGCUGGGGAGUAUUUCGUGAUCGACGUCCAGAAUUAUACAAAGUGCUUCUGACUUUAGACGGAAACAGCCCCACACUGUGAGAUCAUCCUGUUAGUGUCUUGUUCGUGAGGUUUGGACUAUAUUCACUGUUAGUUGACUGCUUGACUCUAUAGGUACUUUUCAUUUGUUCCAGAAUGUUACAUUGUG